UUCCACAGAACCAGGGGCGGAGUCUGGCAGGUGAGGGGCUCUCCGCGGAGAUCGCUGACGCGGCCCGGGCUGCGGUGUGGUCGCUGGUUGCCAGACCAUGCUGAGCGGAGCGCGCGCCUGGCUCCUCGCCUUAUCGCUGCGGGGUACAUGCACGCUGCCGUCCGCGGUCGCCCGUAGGUGCCUUCACGCGUCGGGGUCGUGGCGGUCCGCAGACAAGAGCGAGAAGACGGGGAACGCGCCCCGCGUCUUCGACCCGGCCCUGCUCGAGUUCCUGGUGUGCCCACUCUCCAAGAAGCCGCUCAGAUUUGAAGCAUCGACAAAUGAAUUAAUCAAUGAAGAAUUGGGAAUAGCCUAUCCAAUUAUUGAUGGGAUUCCUAAUAUGAUACCACAGGCAGCUAGGAUGACACAUCAAAAUAAGAAGCAAGAAGAAAUGGAGCAGCACUAGAUGAUAAUUAAAAACAACACACACAACUAAAUUUUCUUAAUACCACUUACCUUUUAAAAAGUCAGACUGGCAGGUAAUAAGUGGGGGAGAAUAAUGUUUCUGUCUCUUCCUACGUUGACUGUCCUUAUUCCACUGGUCUCUUUAGCAGGACUGUUCUACUCAGCCUCUGUGGAAGAAAACUUCCCACAGGACUGCACUAGCACAGCAAGCCUGUGCUUUUACAGUCUGCUCCUGCCCAUUACCAUACCAGUUUAUGUGUUCUUCCACCUUUGGACUUGGAUGGGUAUUAAACUCUUCAGGCAUAAUUAAUACAACCAGAGCUAAGAUAGUAGAUAUAUUAAUGAUAGGUCUUGAGUGUGUAUUUCUAAAACUUAACUACAUGGAAAUACUGGAAACCCACUUAAUUUGCAGGAAAGGUGCUUUGCCUUGCUUCUCUCAGGUUUAGGACUAUGGGAGGCUUAAGCUGCAGAAGUUUCUUUUAUUGUACUUUUGUUCUGCCCUUGUUUUUUUGAAAAUUUUUAUUUGUAACUAUUGUAUUAGAAGAAACAUUUCAACAGUUUCUUGUUGGAAAUUAACAGUCCCAACCAUCACCUGAUGACUUUAUUUCUUACCCCAUUCAUCUAAAAGUUAAUUAAAAUUUUAAAUGUUUAUUUUAGAUUUAAAGUAUUUGGUAGAGUCACGUGUUAAAGAUGACUGAAAUAAUUCCAAAGCAGCUAUGCUGAAGUUGUUGUAGAGAAACACAUUUGAGCUCAUGUGACAGAAAACUACAAUAAAAUGGAAAUUUCAUGUACUUGCA